AAAAAAUCGGCGGUAGCUACUAGCUUGCCUGUCCGUCAUCCUUUUGGAGUCCUUAUUAAAUUAGAAACCAUCAAAUACAAACUUCACGCAGGAAUAUCAUGCUGCGACAGCAGCAGCAGCAGUGUGAAGAGGAGCCAGGACUUUUAGGAAAACUUUGUCCUGGGGAGAAGAAGCUACAGGGGAAGACCUUCUAUUUGGACAAUGUAAAGAAACGUGCUACAGCCCUGCUUUUGGAAGCCAUAUCUCUCCUCGGAGGGGGGGUGGAGAGCUUCCUCCACAGAGAUGUGAGCUUUGUGGUUACGGGAAGUCAAGAGAGGCUGGAGGAGAAAAGGCCUGCAGGAAGCAAGAGUUGCGAUGAGUCUCACCAGCCUUUGAAGCAGCGAGAAAGCGUCCCCGACAACAACAAACAGCGACCAGUCACUCCGCGCCCGGUGGCUUGUGGCAGCCGAGGAAAAGCCCUGCUCGAAAAAGCGAUUCGGAACAAUGAGCGGUUGCAGGGGAGCAACGUGUUGGCAAAUGCCCGUUCGUGGGGAGUGAGCAUUGUGCAUGCGGAUGAUGUUCUUUUAUACUUGAAGGAGCUGAGCAGUGAGCGGGUUGUUGCGAAACCCAGCAGGCAUGAGAGGACUUCCACCAAGCAGCCGUCUUGUCAUGUUGUCAAAGCUGCGCCUCUGAGAUCUCCUUUUCUCAAAAUUGAGGACAUCAGCAGGAAGUACAAGCCCUUGCACGUGCAGUCCAUGAGCUUCCCCUCGCUGUGCUACGUCGGCCGAUUCAGUCCCUUCGAGUCUCCUCCUCCUCCUCGCUUUGAGAAGACUGCGCAAAGAGAAAAUAAAUCCAGGGCGAAGAGCAAAGUUCAAAGCCGCAAUAGGGACAAAUCUCAAACCCUGUCACCUUGGCCGCCGCGCAAGAAGGGCAUCUCUUACUGCGAAUGUUGCCUUCAAUCCUUCACUAACCUAGACGAGCACUGGCAGUCUGAUCAACAUCGGGCCUUUGCGCUGGAGACCUCAAAUUAUAGCGCCUUGGAGUGUCUUGUGGUCAAAAUGGUUCCCAGCUUCAACCUCCAUCCUUCGGGAGAAGGUGAAGAAGUCCUAAAUAGACUGCCCAUCCCAGACAUCUGUGAACUGGAGCCUCUGACUGAUGCCGAGAUCGAACAUGAAGUUCAGGCCUUGCGAGGACAAUCCUCCUGCCGCAAACCUGCGCUGGAUCUUCCAGAAUCACCAGAAGAACCGGAUCAUGUCCCAUCUCCGGCCACAAUAUCAAGUGACAUGCAGUGCCCCGAACCUGACAGCCUCCCCUACACUUCGACUGCGCCCUUGCGUAUAUUGGACAAUUUGCCGCAAGUCCAUUUUCCAGCCAGCCUGCAGCCUCCACCGCUCACCCUCCGCCCCACUACACAAGAUGUAUCUUCUGACCUAUACGCCCUGCCUCCAGUCCUCAGCCCGAAAGUCUUCAUUCCCGAUGACAUGGAGGCCCUUAGUCUGUACUCAGAACCUCCUGUCCUCAGUCCACAGAACUACAUCACUGAGGAUUAUGAUUAUGACAUGGAAACUAGAGCAAGUGUGUCAGAAGCUCUUCCCCUCUCUUUUCUCACUUCGUCCUUCCAUGGCUGUGUCCAAUGCGGAAGAAGAGAAGGUCCCCCGCCCAGAGGUAGUUUCAAGUGAGGCCUCGAUUCCUAUUAAGCAAGCUCGCCCGGCAACUCCAAACCUCAAAAAACGCCGUCGCCAUUCCGGCUGCGAGCACAACCGCGAGAAAAGGAAAAGGACAGCACCCGACGACCUUGCAGAAUCAGAAAGUCGCAUUAUUACAACGGAUGAGUGUUGUUGUAUUUCGGGGAGAACCUCUAUUCAAAUAGUGCAAUCUAAAGAAAAUAGCUCUCGAAUAGACAGAAUGUGUCCUCCUGCGGGAGAUAGACUAGACUUUUCUCCAUUUAACAGGUUGGCUCAUUUUGUUGAAACAACAUGGUCGCCUGCCUCAAAGUUCCCUUCACAUCAGUGUCACGGCCUCUCCAGCCAAGACUCCCAACAAUCCGCCUCGUUGUGCAUCGACCCGGCGCUGAUCCCGGACGUAGCCCGGCUCUCCCCGUCCUCGUCCGACUCUGACUGGGACCGCGAACUGCUGUCUCGCCUGGGUCCCGCGCGGACCGGGUCGGCGUCGGGCCCGGGCGACGCGGCGUCGGGCGAGCUGGACAAGGAGUUCCUCCGCAGGCCGUGCGCGUGGAUGAGCGACACCAGCUACGAGUCGCGGCUGCACACCGCCCUGCAGCCGUCCACCGCCGCCGGGGAGCCCUCGGCUUUCUCCAGGACGGUGGUACAAAUUGUUGAGGUACUUCACUGACUGCACUUUUUCCGGACUAUCAUUGUGAGGAACUCACUCGACCCUGUGCAUUCUCUUGUAGAAAGUGUUUACAGCUUUGCAUCUCCUCUCAAUAGACAGACUUCCAAACAGGCAAGUGGGAACAAAUAGUGGUGCCAACUUUUUAUUUUGUCUGAGCUGCCAACUCAUAAAAAGCCAGUGGGCUGUAAGAUUGCUCGGCCUGCUAAAAACAAACG